AAAAUGUUGUCAGCUAAAUCGAGAAUGUGACUGCUUUUACAGUGUCUGAAUGAUGUUUUUUUUUCUGUUGUUGUUGUUGCUGUUGUUGUUACUCAAGUGCGCGCGCAGUAUAACGAUAAAGAUGGAGUUGUUAAAGUCAAUUCUUACCGACAAGACCCGUUUUGUACAAUAUGCACACCAAAAGUUUUCGAGAAUUCUAGAGUUAGAAAAGGAACGGUCAGUCCUAGAUGCUCAUCAGUUUGAAAAAGGGAGACGGAAUGAAGCUUAUAACCGAUAUUCGAAUAUCAUCCCCUAUGACAAUAAUUGCAUUAAAUUAACGGAUAAAAGACUAGGCAAUAGAGAAUACAUUAAUGCAAGUUGGAUUUUAGGACCAUAUGAUAUCCCUAAAUGUUAUAUUGCUACUCAGGGUCCAAUUGGGUCCACGUUGGUUGAUUUCUGGAGGCUGGUGGUAGAAAAACAAGUGCCUGUGAUUGUCUGUUUAACACCAGAAAUUGAAAAUAGAAUUGAAAAGUGUGCAAGAUAUUGGCCAUUAGGAGAUGAAAUUAAAACAUUAAAUGAUGGAGAUAUCACAUUAAAAGUAUCAAAUAUCAAGACAGAAAGAAAAGACAAUGAAUCAAACUGCAUCGUCAGAACCAUUCUGGUGCAAUUUUAUCAGAAAGAAAACAAUGAAUUGAUUGAAGAAAAGAGGGUUACACAGUUACAUUUCUUGGGCUGGCCUGAUCACGGUGUCCCUAAUGAUACCAGACACGUUAUUGGCCUCAUUAAAUUAACAAGGCUUUUUCAAGAAGAUUCGAAACCAGUUUUGGUUCAUUGUAGCGCUGGUUGUGGAAGGACAGGUACAUUUUGUGUGAUUGAUUCAGCCGAAUAUUUACUUAAAUCCAACCCAACUUUAAUGAUUGAUCCUGUCUUUCUAUUGACUGACACAUUUCGUAAACAACGCACAACAAUGGUUCAGGCUCAAGCACAGUAUAAUUUUUGUUACAAGGCUUUAAAAGACUUUAUGGAUGGAGAAGAAUGAUGAUGAUAAAGAAGGGGAUACACUUAUUUUUUUAAAAAAAGAAUAAAACCCGCUUUUCCCCAUACAUUUAUCUUUAUAGGAGUCUACAAUGAAAAGAGUAACGUGGGCACCCCUAUCAUUUUAUUAUAUUUUCUAAAGCCUACACACAUACACAAAUACAC